UCUUUGAAGAUGUUACCAUCUAAGGGAUAUUUUAAGACUUUAAAUUGUCCCUUUUUCCAAAAUGGACUUUGCGAAAAACCUUAUUGUCAUUUUAGACAUUCCAGAACAGAUUUGUUGCCUAUCAUAACAACUAAUGCUGGAAAUUCUCUGCAAGCUUCUAUGGCACGUAAUAUAUUAGACAUAUCUAAUAAACCAGAGUUUAAUAACACAGAUCUUCAGGAUGCCAAUGUAAACACACCUUUUACCAUACCACAUGAACCAGAUUUUAUAAAUUACAUGGCUGAAACUAUUAAAAAUGUUAAAUCAGACACUCAUGUUGGUGAUCCAGAUUUUUUAAAUGGCCACAAAUUUACAGAAAAUGAUUGUGAUUUAUCUGAUGAAAAUGAUUCUAAUUACAUGAAAAAUAUAUAUGAUUCUCAUACAUUAUAUCAACCAUCAUUCAAAUAUAAUAAGAAUGCUCCAGUUUAUAAUCCUACUCCUAUUAGCCAAUUAAAGAAUAUAAAACAUGUUAAUAUCCCAGAAAACUCAAUGGAAAAUAAACUUAAAAUUUUUACUAAAGAAGUGUUUAAGUCAGAUAAACUUAUUAAUUUUACUAUGGAUUUUUUAUCUAAACUAACUAAAGAAGAGCUAGAUCAUUUUAAAAAACAAUAUAUUAAUAAGGACAAGAAUGAUCAUGAAAUUCAAGAUAUAAAUCAAAAAAUCAAUGGAACAGAAGUUGAUAAAUCUCUCUAUACAAUAUUUUCAAAUGAUAUAGAAAUGUCUUCACUACCCAUACCAUCUCAAACAAUUUCUGACCAAAUUAAUAACAUCAAAACUCCUAUAAAAAAUAAAAAUUCAAAUUUUUUAAGUUCUUCAUUUUUUACUAAUCUUAUCAAUUCAUCAGAAAUGAAGCGAUUUAAAUCUGAGAAACAAGAAACUCAACAUAAUAUAAUUGAUGAAAGUUCAAAAAAAUGUGUUAAAAAUAGUUUGCAAGAAGGUAUAGAUAAACAUAUACUUAAUGAGGAUAACAUUGAACAAGAUGACUUGAUAUCACCCAUGUCUCCAGAUCAAUGUGAUCCUGAUUCUGGGGUACAAUUUAAUAGAAAAAUCUAUGGAUCAAAUAAUCAGUCAUCCAAAACAAAGAAUACAAAUAAAAUCAAAGAGAUCAUACCAAUUACUAAAGAUUGUAAAAGGCUUUAUCAGUUAGAUGAAAAAACAAAAAGAAUUAUCCGUGCUGCAUCUAUCAAAUGUCAAACUAACAUUCACCUAACUAAUUCCUCAGAAGCAAAUGGUUCUAAAAAUUUAAAAAAAGAAUCUACAAAUAUAAAAUAUUCAAAAAAUGAAGGUAUAUCAUCAAGCCUUGUAAAAUUGAAUGAAAAUGCAAGUGUUGUUGGUGAAAUGAAUGUGGAUAAAGGUAUAAAAAAAGAAUGCAUUAAUAAGAAACAAUCAUUGCCUUUUAAAAGUAUAGAUAUUGAUAUAUUUUCCACUUCUACACCCAAUUCAACUUCCCUGUCCAGAUCCAAAACAAACUCAUCAAAUAAAAAAAAUUGUCUCUCAACAUCUGCUCCAAAAAAAGAUCUAAUAGCCCAUCACAAAAACGUUGGUACAACUUUCAACAAGAUGCACAAUAUUAGUUAUAGUCUUAAUAAAGAAAAAGAAACACCCAAAAUUUCUGAAGAUGAAAUUGUAAGUGAACAUGAAAGUGAUUCUAUGGUUUCAGUUUCUGAUAUGGAUGAUAACCUCUUUGGCUCUGAUGAUGAAACUGACAAUAUAACUAGUUCCUCUUGUUCACAACCUCCCAACAAUACACAUUUGGAUUUUAAUAAAGUUAUUACUGGUAGUAUUGAAAAAUUAUCACCUAGGAAGUACAAUAAAGAUGACAUGAGAGAUAAGCUAGAGCAGAUCAAAAAGAAUAUUGAAUUAGCCAAACAGGGAACAAUCAAACAAGACAUGUAUCAAAAUGAAACAAAGGAACUCCUAUUAAAAAUAGAAGGCAAAUCAUCAAGUUUACUGAACCAGAAAUCAUCGAAGAAUAAUAUUGUAGAAAACAAUUUGUCCAAGACCAAUUCACCCCUAUAUGACUCCACUAAAAAUAAAAAACGGCUAGCUCAUAAAGUUACCAACAAUCCAGAGCAAUCUAACAGUAAAUCAAUGUCUACCAAACUUCCCUUGGGCAAAAAUAAUACAAAUUUAUCUUUAAAACUAAAUCCAAGUUAUGUAAUGUUGCAAAGGACUGCCUCAGUAAAACAAAAUGUUAAUCUCAAGAAUGAUGCCAAUAUUAUUCAAACAUCUGAUAAUAUGGAUGAUGAGCAAAAUAUUGAAACAAUCACUAAGAAGAGAAUGUCACAUAUAUUGCCCCAAUAUGAAAAUGACGUUAAAAAAAUUCCCACCCUUGACAACCUAAAUAUACUGGAUCAACCAAAAUACAUUGAUAACUCAACAUGUGAUUUUGCUGCAUCUAAAAUAUCUCUAACAGUUCGUCAAAGAUAUCUCAACAUGUUUUAUCGUGAGAUAUUAACUAAAUAUAAAGCAGAAAAUGCAUCUUCACAUGAGAUGGAUGAACCAAAUGAAGAUAAUGAAAAUGUUAAGAGGGCGUUUGAAACCGAAUCAGCCGUUUAUUCAAAAGGCCUGACCUCGCGUUCUGCCUACUUCAACACUGCGGCUUCCACUAUAAAACAUUUGCGUAGCGUUUUGUCUAACAAAACCCAUAACCAUAAAAAUAUAAACCCGAAAAACAACCCUAAAAGACCUGCAAUACACUCACCCAUAUUAACUGAUAAAAUGAAAAGUUUUGAGUCAAUGUUUGCUUCAGCGCUUUGCCAAUACAUGGCUUCCCCAAAACAAUUGGCGGAAAAUGGGUACCCAGUUUUGAUAUUCAAUGAUGAUAAAACGUCUAAAAAUGUUAUCAGGCCCAUUGUCAGAGUUACACCAGUUGAGAGACCCAGCGUAAAUAUUUUCGCCAACCAAUCAAAAGAACGCCGAAAUACAUGUAAUGUUCAUCUUAAUUCUGACUCCCGUCAAUCAAUUGUCAGGAAGGGGCCGAAGAUAUCCAUUCACAAAGAUCCUGUUUCUACCGAGCAGAAAAAUUCUGAAGGGGAUUCAAAAAUAAUGCAUACCUUUACUUGCUGCAGAUGCGCCAAAGGAUAUUCCGUUUACGAAAUACCAGGAGUAGAUGGCGGUAAAAGCUCUUUCAUAUACGUCAAGCCUAACGAGGAAUGUUUGUACCAUUGGGGCCGCCUCCGCAAAACUGGAUCAGGUGGUGGAAAAAAGAAUGCUGCCCCGAUUUUAACCCGAUUUUCUUGUUGCGGCGAACCGGGGUUGGACCCAGGUUGUACUUUGGCCUCUCGUCAUGUCAAUGACAAACCCCUCGGAAUUUACAGGUCCUUCUGUGCGAAUAAUCAAAUCUAUUCAAAUUCGUCUAAACGCCUCAAAUCAGACGAUUUAGAUCGAAAUUCAAGGCAAUCCACAUGGGUUAGUACCUCAUUAGGGCCCGCAGUUCCAUUAUCGUUGGAGAUUGGUGCAAAAAGCGACGAAAGUGAAAAAAGGAAUAACAUAAAAUCCGAUACUUUUAAAAAUACUCGUGAGGAGAAGGAACAAUCUAAGGUAUACGGUUUGGAUUGCGAGAUGAUUUACACACCCCUGGGUACUGAAGUUGCUCGGAUUACGUUGGUGGGAUAUGAGAAGCCUUUAGAAAAUUUUAAAUUCUUCGCUCAUCAAAAAAAUCACGAUUCGCAAGAGACGGUAAUAUACGACACCUACGUUAAACCCAGGAAUGAACCGGUUAUCGAUUACAACACUCGGUUUAGCGGUAUCCGAUCCGAACAUUUAAACCCAUCGAUUAAUAUAGAUCGGUUAGUCACUUUCGAUCAAGCUAGGAUCGACCUCUGCCAAUUUCUCGCCAAUCCCGCUGAAUCCCUCGAAAAAAAUUCUCCUGCGAAAUCAUACGUUGUACUCGUCGGACACUCGCUUGAAAGCGAUUUGGUGGCGCUCGAACUGGUGCACAAUAACAUUGUCGAUACUGCUUUAGUAUUUCCUCACAGACUCGGACUUCCUUUCAAAAGGGCUCUAAGGACGCUCAGCACAGAAAUCCUCAAGAAAAUCAUUCAGGAAGAUGAUGAUGGACAUGAUAGUAAAGAAGAUGCUAUGACUUGUUUAGAGCUGAUGAAAUGGAAGGUUAAUAGGGAUAAUCCUAAAGCGUUUGCAUGAUUCCUUUUCUUCAUUUACAGAUUUUAUCAUAUUAUGUAAAAAUGGCAAAUUUCGAGUGAUUAGACAAACAAUAUGAUAGACGCUGCCCUCCUGCUUAUUGUAUUUAAAUAUCCUUUUUUUUUUAUAAAAUGAAAAAUGACAAGAUAUUAAAUUAAUUUAUAUAUAAAAACUAAUAAAUUUUUAUAGAAAAAAAUUUGUAUUUUCGAAGGAAUUUAAUUUCUUUAGGAUUGGGGGUUAGAAAUCCCUCUCCAUGAUAAAUUUUUUCCUAAAACUUAAAGGGAAAUAUAUUUCAUUAUUAAAUUUAUUUAAUUGUCACGAGAGACUGAACAAACGGUCACUAAAAUGAGGCGCUCAUUUUCUGAAGUUUUACUAUAUCAUUCAGUCAAUGAUGCCUACAAAAAAUACGAAUCUGAUAUUUAUACUAUUCUUGUUACAAUAUAAUUC